CGAGGGCUCGGUGCUGAAGCUGACUCGCGUCACACGUUCAGACAUGGGGCCGUAUCUGUGCAUAGCGUCGAACGGUGUGCCUCCAGCUGUCAGCAAACGGAUCGUCCUCAAUGUUUACUUUCAGCCAAUGAUAUGGAUUGAAAAUCAGUUAGUUGGUGCUUACGAGGGCCAAACACUUGUCCUGGAAUGUCACAGUGAGGCUUAUCCAACUGCAAUCACUUACUGGACCAGGCCAUCCAACGAAACGAUCACAAAUGAGAAUUACAAGGUCGAAACGAUCCCAAAGGGCUACGAGAUAAAUAUGAGGCUCACUAUCAAGUCCGUGCAGCCGCAGGAUUUCGGGUCGUACAGAUGCGUGGCGAAAAAUUCAUUGGGGGAGAUGGAUGGAAAAAUCAAACUGUACAGGAUCGAUCGAUCGCCGACGAUGCGUAGACCGAGCAACAGACGGGACUCGAAGAAGAUGUGGAAGAUGGAGCACAGCCACGAGAGGAACGCGACGGGCAUGAGGGACGAGCCAAUGUCGAAAGGCGUGGAGAACGAUGACGAGCAGAUUGAUUUUCAAUCGGCCGCCGAUUCCUCUCACCGUCACUACCGUUUGUUCUCGAGUCUCGGUAUCACUGCGAUCACUGCCAUUCUGGCCGGUUGUUUGUCAACGUAGGCCAUUCUAUGACGAUCGUUGCGCCUGAAACUGAUCGAUUUCGCGAUCGGAUCGAAUCUUCAAAGGGGUACUAGCUGAAUCGAGAUCGAUAUUGUAAUUGUGCAUCGAGGACCAGCCGGUUGAAUGUUUCUCGGACGUGUUGCUGUCCGUGUGUCGAAAAGUGUCUUCGUACGUCAAGAUUAUUCAGAACGAAGCGGACGCUUGGGACAGUGCGCACUCCUUUUUCUUUCGAGGAGGUUCCCUUCUUCUUUUUUUUUCCCGUUUUUUGGCGGAGGUUGAGCCUUUAGCUGCGAGAGAGGAACGUGUCAGAGAUGCUGUUGCGUGUUUUUCACGGACGUGUAGUAUCGAGGAGAAGAUUGGAUUUGUUUCGGGGAUUUUUAUUUUUCGAGACGGUAAGAAUUUUUCAUUGAUUUUAUUUUAUUUGUUAUUUUAAUUGCUCUUCAAUUUCUUUUAUGAUUUUAAUUGUUUCCUGUUUCUUUGCAACGAUAUGCAAUGAUCUUAUGAUUCACGAAAGUAUUCGAGCAAUAAGUAUGAAACACUUUUGUGUUCAUGUCUUAUGAAACAUCGUGAUUAUAUUGGUAUUUUUUAAUUCGAGGCCAAUCUGAAAAUGAAUAUAGAAAUCACGAUAUAUUUAUCGUAAACACAUUCUUAGUAAAGAAUUAGCACACAGCCAUAAGUGUCAAACAUGAUCUUACCGAAUAUUAAAGUUUAUCAAUGCAAUGAACUUUUUUCUUGUACUAAGUAUCUUGUAAAUUUUGAUACAUCAAUUUCAAGAUGUUUCGUGUAACAUCAUUCGUAAAAUGUGUUUAAAAGCGCUCCAAUACUUUUGUGAGCCUGUGUUCACUACAAUGAAUGAAACGAUGUUGAAUGAUUUAAAAUAUAACUUGACGAGGUAAGCUAACUCCUCUUCAAUUCAAAAAUACCACCAUCUUUGUUCCACUGAAGAUUCAUUAAAAUAAUAAUAGCAGUAUAAUAUAAAAAUUAUAUCAUAACAAUAUAAAAAAUUAUUCGUGAAAAAUUCUUGUGAACAUUACGGCAGCUGAAAGAUUAGGGAUAGUUUUGUCGGUGCCUGCUACGUUUUUUCUUCCAUAUUUUACAACAUGCAGCAGCCUCGGUAUACAUCUUUCUUACGUUGGAUUGUUUAACGUAAUUACGUAACAGACUUGUCAAUCUACAUAUUUGGAAAUUUUGUUACAAUGAAAAAACAAAUAUCGGUGAUAACAAAUUUUCUAUACAGAUUCGAUUCUUGGUUCGAAAACAUCCCCCCCCCCUCCUCAAAAAAAAAACGCCUUGAAAGUUGCUAAUUUUCUAUCCUUUGUUUCGUAAGGCCUAGUCGGACGAAUAUUCAAUCUGACAUUUUGCUGUAAUUUAUAAUAGCGUUCAAAAGUAACGUGUGAUACAAAAUUUUUGAGAAAAGAGCUUUCUCGAAGACUGUCUUCGUCCCUGUGUUAGCAUUUGAUCAAUGUUUACGUAGCGUUCGUUGAUUUUAAGAAUAGAGAUAUUUGUGCCGUUCGUAUUACUCUGAACGUUUUGUAUGUUUCUAUUGUA